GGUAGCAGAGUAAUGUAUAAAAUCAUGCAUAUAUGGGUAAGGAGCUUCUGUUAAUGUUCACAUCAACCAUCCAAAUGGGGAAAAUUAAGAUCUUAUCCACCUUUUUCCUGGGGGUCUUACUGGGGGAACGAAUGUGGGUAAGACUUCUGCUGGAAGACCCUGUUUACAGCUGGUAAUAAGACCCAUUUCGGAUGAUCCGAUUUCAAAUGGUUAGUGCUAAAUAUAGUUUUAAAUGAGGUGCAAAAUAUUUUGUGAUUGUAUCACAAAAAAACACAUACAGAGGUAGUCAAAAACCACAUCAAAGCACCACCUCUCACUAGUCAAUCACCGCCAAACAAAAGUUUAAAUUUACGUGUGGAUUUAAAAGGAAAUAACCGUCCGAUCGGACAUCUUGAAAAGGCAAAUACAUACCCAAGGAUGAGAACUUCAUGGAUCUUCCUCAGUGUGUCUGUCUGAUUUGAACAUGUAGGCUGACACACAUCUGAAGCUGAACUAACACAAAUACUCCACUAAAACAACCGAUCAUUUGCUCAAAAUGUUGCAUUUGUACUUAGAUUAAAUUACAUCUGCAUCUGGAGAAACAGUGCACCGGUUUUGUUCUCACUUUCUUUGUCAUUAUGACUUUUUUGCAGUUUAUUAUCGUUCACCAACACACUGAUAUAGUGACUGAUGUAUGUCCUCAUGAAAUCAGUCACGCUCUCAUCAAAAUCCCAACACAGCAAGGAAUGAAUGAAUGGAUGUAUGCUGCAACAACAGCUGUGUUUACUUGACAACUGAAGGAACACCCAUAUUUCUCACUAAGCAUCGCGGGACGUAGGAAAAAGGUGAAUAUUAGCCAAGUCUUUUUAGCAGGAGAUGCUAAACAGUUGAGGAUAUCGUGUUGAGACUUCAAAAGAAAUCCUUGUGCUUCAAGAACAAGGAUGGAUCAGCUAUGGAGAUGGAAUUGUUGCAUAUUGUUAUAGCGAAUGCAGGAGGAGGGAGACAAGGGGUUGGAUCUACGUGCGGGUUCUUUUAUUAAAUAAACAAGAAAACACAGAAUAAAACAAAACACUGGGAACAAACAAAACAUCCAUGAGGGGAUAACAAAAAUGUAACAUAAGAAACAACCACGGAGGAACACGGAACUAAGAAAACACGGCAGGACAGGCAACGAAGCAAACACAGGAACAGUGGAAACAUUAACCUACAACAACAUUCAAUGAACGACAAGGAGUGGAGAACAAACAGGUGCGAACAAUAACACAAUGUGAGGAUCGGGAACCAUGGUGACAGUGACAUGAAAAACACGGGACAGACUACCAGGGAAUCGUGAUGGAGAAACAUAGUGACGGUGACACAUGGUGACGGUGACACGGGGCAGACAACCAGGGAAUCGUGACAGAAUCCCCCCUCAAAAGGAUCGGAUUCCAGACGAUCCUAAAAAAAAGAGACAAACAAACCCACAUAACAAGAAACAAAAUCGGCCAGGGAGUGAAGGGGGGGCUAGCAGACAAAAGAGGGUACACGGGGCAAACAGACAGUCCAAGGGGGGCACAAGGGGCAAAGAGACAGACCAAGGGGCACGAAGGGGCAGACAGGCAGUCCAAGGGGGUACAGAGGGCAAGAAGGCAGUCCAAGGGGGCACCGAGGGCAGGCAGACGGUCCAAGGGGGCACAAGGGGCAGACAGACAGUCCAAGGGGCCACAGGGGGCAGACAGGAAGUCCAAGGGGGCACAGAGGGCAAGAAGGCAAUCCAAGGGGCCAAGGGGGGCAGACAGGAAGUCCAAGGGGGUACAGGGAGCAGACUGGCAGUCCCCGGGGAGCAAAAGACGGGGACUGGGUCAGGUGGCCUGGGAGCUGGCCACAGGACAGGGACAGGUUCAGGAGGUCUGGGAGGCGGCCACAGGACAGGGACAGGUUCAGGAGGCCUAGGAGCUGAACACAGGACAGGUUUGGGAGGUCUGGAAGUCAGCCUCAGGACCACAGCCAUGGGGAACUCCGAGGGCGGAGCCGAGGGUUAAUAUACACACACAGGAUGAACACAAAUAACAAACAGGUGCGAACAAUAACACAAUGUGAGGAUCGGGAACCAUGGUGACAGUGACAUGAAAAACACGGGGCAGACUACCAGGGAAUCGUGACGGAGAAAUAUGGUGACGGUGACACGGAAAACACGGGGCAGAUAACCAGGGAAUCGUGACACAUAUUAACAUACAAAUGGAAAGAGAUUCACAAAUAGAAAGUUGGUUCACAAAUAAAUUGAAUGAGAUUUAUUUGUCAAUGUUAGGACUUUCACAAAAAUGAAAUAAAUUCACAAAUAAAAAGAAUGAGGUUCAUAAAUAUAUGUUUAUGUUUAUAAAAAAAGUGAAUUCACAAAUCAAAAUAGAUUUUUUUAAAAUAAAUAAAUUAUUUACAAAUAUAUUUUUUAACUCACAGACAGAACUCGGUCCAGCAUUCAUUUGUGAAUCGCGCACAUUUAUUUGUUGAUCGCUUCCUUUGCAUUUGCGGAACGCUACACGAAGCGUGAUUGGUUGAAGAACAUUCUACAAUUGGUCCGAGUAAUGUGGCCAUUUUCUGAUUGGCUUGAUUAGACGAUGGGUGGAGUCCACCUAUUUGUAGAUUUGUGUGCACGUCUUGACGCUAGAUUUGUUUCACAAUUGACAAAUGCGUGUAGCAAUUCACAAAUUAAUUCUGGACAGAGUUGUGUUUGUGAGUUAAAAAAUAUAUUUGUUAAUAAUUUUUUUAUUUGCAAAUCUCAUGUAUUUGUGAAUUCACUUUAUUUUUGUGAAACUUCUUACAUUUAUUUGUCGAUCUCAUUCAAUUUAUUUGUGAACCAACUUUCUAUUUGUGAAUCUCUUUCUAUUUGUAUGUUAAUAUGCAACAAUUCCAUCUCCAUAGUUGAGGCUUGCCAGUUUGCCAACAGAUUCGUCAGCAAAUAAUCCAGUGCUUUAAGAACAAUGUUCCCCAAUAGGAAAUUUUAAGGAUUUUGGGAAUUUCACCAUCUACAGUGCACAAUUUAAAAGAUUCAAGGAAUCCGGUCAAAUCUCAGUGUGUAAAUUCAAGAUGAAAACAACUUCUGAAUGUGCGUGAUCUCCGAUCCCUCAGACGUCACUGUCUUAAAAACCAUCUUGCGUCUGUAAUAGAAAUCAUGACAUGGGUUCAGGAAUACUUCGGUAAACCUUUGUCAGUCAACAUCAUUCACCGCUGCAUCCACAGAUGCAAGUUGAGGCUUUACUAUGCAAAGGAGAAGCCAUACAUCAUCACUGUCCAGAAGCGCCGCUGACUUCUCUGGAAUCGGUCUCAUCUGAGAUGGAAAGUAGAACAGUGGAAUCGUGUUCCAUGGUCCGACAAGUCCACAUUUCAAAUGGAUUUAGGAAAAAACCAUCAUGUUCUCCAGGUGCUAUUGGGGGUUGGGGGGUGUUGUUGUUGGGGUUUAUGAUUUAAUUAUACACUUUAUGUUAAGGUUAU